AUGGCGAAGAAGUUCCAAAUCGCUUUGGCGAUGCUGUUGGGGAUUUUCGUCUUUCAGUUAGGUCUCUCGCACUUUGGUCGUAAGGCCGGCCCUCGAUCCGCAUGGACAGACCUAUCUGCCUUCCGCGCGUACUCGAGACAAUUCGUCGAACAAGCUACAACCACCCAGGACCAGGACGUCGGAGAGCUUAAGGAUUCGAGCACACGACAAGAUGAGCCCAAGACUCCUGUCCUCGAGGAGGCGAAUAACGACAAUAAGCCGCGGCCCAAGAUUGCCAAAAUCACCAUGCUAUAUGGUGACACUUACAGUGAGGCCUACGAGCGAGCUCUGGAGUCCCAUUCCCGGCAUGCCGACAUGCACGGCUAUCCCAUGUACGUCCUGCGUCAGAAGAUACUUGGACGCCUGUGGACGAAACCUGCCUGGAUCCUGGGCGUGGUGCUGGAGGAGUUGGCAAAACCGCCUAAAGAGAGGCUAGAGUGGUUAUUCUGGUUCGACGCCGACACAUUUCUUCUCAACCCCAAGAUUCCCUUGGAAAUCUAUCUACCGCCCCCGGAUGUGUCGGGGGUCAAUUUUCUCUGCGGCAACGACCACAAUGGGCUCAACGACGGUGCUUUUCUACUUAGGAUCAACGACUACUCCGUCCACCUGCUGGCAUCAUCGCUCAGCGUCGAGACCUUCCGACCAACAGUGGACCUACGCUACUCGGAACAAUCCGCCAUUGAGCAUGUUGUACAUGAGGGAGGAGUAUAUCGCCCUUGGGACGGCACGACCUAUCUCGACGGUUACGCCGAGAUCCCGCAGCGCUGGUUGAACGCGUACAUGGGCGCGCGGGACGACCAUGGAGUGCCAAUUCCAGCAAAGAAGGAGCAUCCCAACGGCGUGAGGCCUGGCGAUCUUCUACUACAUUUCGCGGGGUCGGGAGCCACCAAGGUGCAGAGGAUCAAGUCCUUCGUGCAAGCCUACGAGAAAGACGAGUCCGAGUGGGUCAAGGAGGUCGAUCAGAUGCCCGAGCUGGUGAGUGAGAUAUCCCAAUUUUGGGAGUCUUACAGCCAGCAGCAAAAGAGCCAGGAGCAGAAGAGCCAGGAGCAGAAGAGCCAGGAACAGAAGAGCCAGGAACAGAAGAGCCAGGAGCAAAAGAGCCAGCCGAAGGAGAAGAAUGUCGAGGCAGAGAACCAUCCUUAG